AUUGUGCGUCAUGGAUGGAACAGGGUGAGGGCUCAGGGGGUGCGGCGAUAUCAGCUGGGGGGCACCCUGGAGAUAAGGGUGACCACACGGUCCCCACCCCUGAGCUGCAAUCGGCCCCUCCACACACGCUACAACCCUGUCUGGCCGCUCCCAUCGCAGCUUGCUUCCUGCAUUCCGGGGCUCUCAUCCCGCGCUCGAUCUCCCAAGAGCAUCCUGCAUCCCUUAUCCCUGUGAGAAUUUUGCUUCUGACAUCCAGAGGCCGGGCAUGUAGUAGCGGCGGUAGCUGCGGAAUAUGGGCGGGAACCACUCCCACAAGCCCCCGGUGUUUGACGAGAACGAAGAAGUCAACUUUGACCACUUCCAGAUCCUGCGGGCCAUCGGGAAAGGGAGUUUCGGGAAGGUAUGCAUCGUGCAGAAGCGAGACACAAAGAAGAUGUACGCGAUGAAAUACAUGAACAAACAGAAGUGCGUGGAGAGGGAUGAGGUGCGGAACGUGUUCCGGGAGCUGCAGAUCAUGCAGGGAUUGGAGCACCCGUUCCUGGUGAAUCUGUGGUACUCCUUCCAGGAUGAAGAAGACAUGUUCAUGGUGGUGGACCUGCUGCUGGGCGGGGACCUGCGCUACCACCUGCAGCAGAAUGUGCACUUCACAGAGGGCGCUGUGAAGCUGUACAUCUGUGAGCUGGCCUUAGCUCUGGAGUACCUGCAGAGGUACCACAUCAUCCACAGAGACAUCAAACCGGACAACAUCCUGCUGGAUGAGCAUGGGCACGUGCACAUCACGGACUUCAACAUCGCCACAGUCGUGAAAGGAGCGGAGAAGGCUUCCUCCAUGGCCGGCACCAAACCCUACAUGGCCCCAGAAGUCUUCCAGGUGUAUGUGGAUGGAGGGCCUGGGUACUCAUAUCCCGUGGACUGGUGGUCCCUGGGUGUCACAGCCUAUGAGCUGCUACGAGGCUGGAGGCCAUAUGAAAUCCACUCGGCCACACCCAUUGACGAGAUCCUCAACAUGUUCAAGGUGGAGCGUGUCCACUACUCCUCCAUGUGGUGCGAGGGGAUGGUGGCCCUGCUGAAGAAGCUGCUGACCAAGGACCCCGAGAGCCGCCUGUCCAGCCUCAGUGACAUCCAGAAUAUGGCCUACAUGGCUGACAUGAACUGGGAUGCAGUGUUCGAGAAGGCUCUGAUGCCCGGCUUUGUGCCCAAUAAAGGGAGACUGAACUGUGACCCCACAUUUGAACUUGAAGAAAUGAUUCUAGAAUCCAAGCCGCUUCACAAAAAAAAGAAGAGGUUGGCCAAGCAUAGGUCCAGAGACAGCACAAAGGACAGCUGUCCCCUGAAUGGACACCUGCAGCAGUGUUUGGAGACAGUGCGGAAAGAGUUUAUCAUAUUCAAUCGAGAGAAGCUCAGGAGACAGCAGGGCCACGAUGGCCAGCUCUCAGACCUGGAAGGCCAAGUAGGCAGCCAGGUUUCCAGCAAGCUGCAGGACGGUCGAAACAACAAUAUCCUGACCCAUACAUGCACCCGGGGCUGCAGCAGUUAAACUCUUCUGCCCAGAUGGCACCCUAUCUACCCUGACACCCAGACUCCCUCCUCUAUGCCCUGCUGGUCCCCAUCUCACCCCUUAAGCAUCAGAUGCAAUGAGAGCUCUGUACUCAGAUUUGGGGAGCCUGGGCUCUGGUCCCUGCUUCCAACUGAUUUGCUGUGUGACCUUGGUCAAGUCACACCUUCUCUGUGCCUCAGUUUUCUGCAUCUCUGGAAGGGGUUAAACAGUGUUCUGUCCUGUCUCCAAUCACAAAGUUGUAAGAAUCGAUUGGACUGCAGAUAUCCAAACUAUCGGGCAUUGAUAAAAGUGUUUAUACAUGUAAACUAUCUCAACAUUUGAAGUGUCUGUCCUCCUACUCCCCAAAACAAUUUUAACCAUGAGAACUUUGCAAUUUGGCCCACUCUAGCUUGUUAGAUGGUACUCUCACCAAUAUAAAUAGCUGGCAUGCUUGCCCCUCCUAUGGGACUCCCAGGUCUCAAAGCAGCCAGGAAGAGUCAUCCACCGACUUCCUGGUCUUCUGGAAUGGUGCAGCAUACAGACCAAGCCCAGGGGUUCCAUGCUGCAGGCGUGCCUCUCCCUGACUUAUGGAAGCCUCCCCCAACUUUUGGAUUUCAGCAAUCACCAGCUCUUGCCACACCACAUAGUUUCCAUACUGGACUGCACUCAGGUGCAUCUCUGGUCAUUUCUCCCUGUCACAGAGUGUUGUGGGAUCCCAGAGAUGACUCAUCCUGCAUCAGAACCUCAGCCCCCACCAUCCUUCCAGGUUUUCCUUCCCAGGGAUAUACAACAGGCCAGCUUUUCUUAACUCAAAGGCUGCCAGACUGGGGAGAUGGAGCCUCCGUGAAGCCUCUGCUUAGUCUGUUGUACGUGGAAGCAGGAUCACUCAAGAAGCAAAGUAUUUUAUGACCUGGCCAGGGAUCAGUUGACGCUGGAACUAAGGAUGCUGAAUCAAAGAAAGCUGGGGCUUUGCAGCCAAUUAGCAGCUGCUACCAAGACUGGAAGACCUCUGCAAGUCACGUGAUUAUUCAAGGGGCUGUUUCCUCACUUACAAACAGGAAGGAGAAGGUUGCCUUUCAGAGUUGUUACAGGCCUUGAUAAAGAUCCCAUGUGUCACACAGGGAUGAUUGACAGCCAGCAGCCACCUGUCCUCACUCUCAUCUUCCUCCUCACCUUCCCAUCAUCAGCAUCAUCUUCUCCUUCAUCCUCGUUAUCUUCCUCAUCAUCAUCAACCUCCGCCUCUUCCACUGGAGGUACUUUCUUGUUUUGCCAACGAGGCCGGUCUGUUUUCUGUGGACCAAGGAUCCUCCGAGUUUACGUUUUGUUUUCUUUUCCUACCUGGAGCCUCUGAGGUCUGGACAUCCCUGGUGAGAUCAACCAUUUUCGUUUUUACAUCCAUUUCUGUUUUCUACUUAUCCACUGUGAGUUGCGUCUGUCAGUGUCAUCUCUUAGAUUUCGUGAGAGAAAUUUUAAUGUAUGGUAAGGUUUUACACUUUUCUUCAAAUAACAACAUUGUUCCCCCAACCCCCUUAGUGGAGUCUCCUCACAUCUAUCUCCUGCCCACUCCAUGUCUCCAGGCCCUGUCUGCCCUUCCUGCCCUCCGCAAUGUCCCAGCUGCUCUUCUCUACACUGUGACCUGGAAGUAUUACAAUUUCUUGUUGGGAUGAGCUCACGAAUGA